CUGCCCGGUGCAUGGAGGGGCCCGUCCGGAUCGCAGUCGCCGCCGCCGCCAACGCGCGGGGGAUGACCUGAGGGUGGCUCUCGGAGCCGGCUGCAGCACAGGAGGUCUGGGGGCUUAGCCAGCCCCGCGGAGAGUGAGCUGAGGCCUAGGCUUUCUCUGGAAGUUUUCCCUGCCUACUUCUGUAGUUGGGCGCUAUGCAUCCAGACCUCGGAGCCUUAUGGACACUGCUGUAUGUUCUUGUGAUUCUGUGUCCUUCUGUGAGUUCAGACUUGGCACCGUAUUUUAUCUCCGAGCCACUCUCUGCUGUCCAGAAGCUUGGUAGACCCGUGGUCCUACAUUGUUCUGCUAAACCUGUCACUGCCCGAAUCUCAUGGUUGCAUAAUGGAAAACGAUUGGACAGAAACACAGAACAGAUUAAGAUUCAUCGUGGGACUUUGACUAUUCUGUCUCUUAACCCUUCCCUUUCUGGCUGCUACCAGUGCGUUGCCAAUAACAGUGUGGGCGCCAUUGUGAGUGGCCCUGCAGCGGUGUCAACCGCAGCUCUGGGUGAUUUCGAUUCAUCAACUAUGCCUGUUAUUACUGCAGAAGAGAGAAACACGGGUUUCAUUGGCUGCAGGGUACCAGAGAGUAACCCCAAAGCUGAGGUGCGCUAUAAGAUCCGGGGGAAGUGGCUGAACUAUUCCACAGGGAACUACAUAAUCCUUCCCUCAGGAAAUCUUCAGAUUUUGAAUGUAUCCUCAAAGGAUAAGGGCUCAUACAAAUGUGCUGCUUAUAAUCCUGUCACAAGUGAACUGAAAGUUGAACCCACUGGCCGGAAGCUCCUUGUGAGUCGUCCUUCUUCAGAUGGGUUUCACAUUCUUCACCCUGCUCUCUCUCAGGAGUUAGCUGUCCUUCCUCACAGCCCUGUUACCUUGGAGUGUGUGGUGAGUGGGGUCCCAGCCUCACGAGUGUACUGGCUGAAGGAUGGUCAGGACGCUGUGUCAGGAAGCAACUGGAGAAGGCUGUAUUCUCAUCUUGUCACGACUAGCAUCGACCCAGUGGACUCUGGGAACUAUUCCUGUGUGGUGGGCAACAAGUCCGGAGAUAUAAAACACGCCACUUACGUGGUUAAUGUGCUAGAGCAUGCGUCAAUUUCUAAAGGACUACAUGAUCAGAAGGUGUCUCUGGGAGCCACCGUACAUUUCACCUGUGAUGUUCAUGGGAACCCAGCUCCCAACCGUACGUGGUUUCAUAAUGCACAGCCUAUUCACCCCUCCUCACGGCAUCUAACCGAAGGGAAUGGACUGAAGAUCACUGGGGUUACCAUGGAAGAUUCUGGGCUGUAUCAGUGUAUAGCCGACAAUGGGAUUGGAUUUAUGCAGUCUACUGGAAGACUUCAAAUUGAACAAGACAGUGGACAGAAGCCUGUUAUAGUCACCACACCAGCAAAUGUAGAGGUGAUGGACGGAGACUUUGUGACUUUGUCUUGCAAUGCCACGGGAGUGCCUGUCCCCGUCAUUCAUUGGUACGGCCGCCAUGGAUUGAUAACCAGCCAUCCAUCACAGGUCCUUAGGUCUAAGUCCCGAAAGUCCCACCUGUUCCGACCUGGGGACCUGGACCUGGAGCCUGUCUACCUCAUCAUGUCCCGAGCUGGCUCAAGCUCUCUGUCUAUCCAGUCAGUUACUCGGGAGCAUGCUGGGAAAUACACCUGUGAAGCUACAAACAAACACGGCACCUCACAGUCGGAAGUGCUCCUCACAGUUGUUCCUUUUGAAACAAAUACAAGAGCAGAGUCAGUCACACCUUCUGAAGCUGCUCAGAAUGAUGAACGAGACCCGAGAGAUGAUUCUGAGUCCAGCUUGCUGAACGUGUUUCCAGUGAAGGUGCAUGCCAGUGGAAUGGCAUUGCCAGCAGAGAACAAUGCCUCCGUCCCUGAUGCUCCUAACAUCCUGAGCCCCCCACAGACCCACAUGCCAGACACGUACAACCUGGUGUGGAGGGCAGGGAGGGAUGGCGGGCUGCCCAUCAAUGCCUAUUUUGUGAAGUACCGAAAGCUGGAUGAUGGUACUGGUACAGUGGGCAGCUGGCACACGGUUCGUGUCCCAGGGAGUGAAAAUGAGCUGCAUCUGACUGAGCUGGAGCCAUCAAGUCUAUAUGAAGUUUUAAUGGUGGCUAGAAGUGCAGUUGGUGAAGGACAGCCUGCCAUGCUUACCUUCCGGACCAGCAAAGAAAAAAUGGCAUCAUCAAAAAACACCCAGGCAUCUUUUCCACCUGUGGGCAGCAUCCCUAAGCGGCCUGUUAUUUCAGAGGCUUCCAACAGCAAUUUUGGAGUUGUGCUUACAGAUUCCUCUAGGCAUAGUGGAGUCCCAGAGGCACCAGAUCGGCCUACUAUCUCUACGGCAUCAGAGACCUCAGUCUACGUAACUUGGAUUCCCCGGGCAAAUGGUGGUUCUCCAAUCACUGCCUUCAAGGUGGAAUAUAAACGGAUGAGGAGUAGUGAUUGGCUGGUGGCUGCUGAGGAUAUCCCUCCCUCCAAACUUUCUGUGGAAGUACGCAGUUUAGAACCAGGUUCAACAUACAAAUUUAGGGUCAUUGCUAUCAACCAUUAUGGAGAGAGUUUUCGGAGCUCGGCAUCCCGUCCUUAUCAGGUGGCUGGCUUCCCAAAUCGUUUCUCCAACCGCCCAAUAACUGGACCUCAUAUUGCCUACACAGAGGCUGUCAGCGAUACUCAGAUCAUGCUAAAGUGGACGUAUAUUCCAUCAAGUAACAAUAACACUCCCAUUCAAGGAUUUUAUAUCUAUUAUCGACCAACAGAUAGUGACAAUGACAGUGAUUAUAAGAGGGAUGUUGUUGAAGGUUCAAAGCAGUGGCACACAAUUGGUCACCUGCAGCCAGAAACCUCUUAUGACAUUAAGAUGCAGUGCUUUAAUGAAGGUGGGGAGAGUGAGUUCAGCAAUGUGAUGAUCUGCGAGACUAAAGUGAAGCGUGUUCCUGGAGCUUCAGAGUAUCCCAUGAAGGAGCUGAGUACCCCUCCCAGUUCUUCAGGAAAUGGAGGGAACGUGGGGCCUGCAACCAGCCCUGCCAGGAGCAGUGAUAUGUUGUACCUCAUCGUUGGCUGUGUGCUUGGUGUUAUGGUCCUCAUUCUUAUGGUUUUCAUUGCACUGUGUUUGUGGAAAAGUCGCCAACAGAAUGCCGUACAGAAAUAUGAUCCUCCAGGAUAUCUCUACCAGGGGUCUGAGAUUAAUAGACAGAUGGUAGAGUACACCACACUCUCAGGAACGGCCCGGAUCAAUGGGAGUGUUCAUGGAGGCUUCAUCAGCAAAGGCAGCCUCAGCAAUGGCUGUUCUCAUCUCCACCAUAAAGGCCCCAAUGGAGUCAACGGGAUCCUGAAUGGAAGCAUAAAUGGAGGGCUUUACUCUGCACACACAAACUCGCUAACCAGGACGUGUGUGGAGUUUGAGCAUCCUCACCAUCUAGUGAAUGGAGGAGGAAUGUACACAGCAGUCCCUCAGAUUGACCCCUUGGAAUGCCUUAACUGUCGGAAUUGCCGGAACAACAACAGGUGUUUCACCAAAACCAACAGUCCCCUUCCUGUGGUCCCAGUGGUAGCCUCCUAUCCUCAGGAUGGCCUGGAAAUGAAGCCCCUCAGUGCCAUGAAGGUGCCUGUGUGUCCAGCUUCCACAACUCCUGAUUGUGGCCAGGGACCCAAGGAGAGCAUCAAGGGCAGUGUGGCAGCAGCACCUACCCAGCAUACAUGCUGUCAGGACAACAUAAGUGACGUCAGUUCUGAUUCCACAGAAGACACAGCGGAGUUCAACAGAGGAGAUAGCAGUGCGCAUUCAGAAGCAGAGGAAAAAGUUUUAAGUUGGAAUCCCCUUAUUUUGUCACCUGUCUUGGAGGACUGCACUGAGAAGACAGCGUGGUUUCCUCCUGGCCUUCCUCUGGAUGGGUUGUCAUCAGUCCUUCAGCAAGCCCAAGAGACCUGAGCACGCACACAGGCUUCUUGACAUUCCCACUGCAAGCCAGCAACUGCACAGCACAGGCCUGGGGACAAACUGUGUGAAGGACAUUAAUUCAAAUCAGAGAAAAUCAUUAUUUAUUUUUUGUAGCAGUAAUGUCAUGAAUGUAUCUUAAAAAUGUGUGCCCUUUUAUAUUAUUUAUGCCUUAAGUUUUCCCUCUUCCAUUUCUUUCUCUCCCUCAAUAGGAACCCCCUCACCCUACUUUUUAAAUAUAGUUUUCAAUCAUCUGGAGCAGAGGGGGAUCAUUUUGUAUUUCCCAGAACCUUUAAUGGCAGUAGGAACUUGUGCUGGGUCCCAUCUUUUGGCCUAUUUAGUUGUGGGAAGGAGGAUUGCCCAAGCCAAUUUGGAGUUUGCCACCAGUCAUUUCUGGAUGGAAAACUUUCACUUUUCCCAUGUUAUCAGACUUUCUGAGAACAUUUAGAAAUCAACUGUAGUUGUGAUCAUAUGUUUAUAAUUGCAAACUCAGCUGACAAAUUUUAUGACUGCUUUCCAGAAAAGGGCUAAUAUCGACUUAUUUUCUCCCUGUACCUGGGUAAAAGUAAUGAUCAAUUAGCCAGUGUUAUGAACAUGGAAGUAUGUAAGGUCUGAUUGGAUUAUUGCAUUAUGUAGAAAGGGAACCACAUUCAGAAAGAAAAUUAAUGCCUUCAUGGCCCACUGCUUUAAUUACGUUAAUUUACAAAAUAGUCACCAUGAGCUCUUUGCACUAUUUGCAAGGGUAUGUACAAAAAAAAGACUUAAAGUGAUAGCUUAAAGAAAAAGAAGAAGAAAGAGGGGGCCUGAAGGGACCUAUUUACGUGAAGCUCUUCAUUCUAUUCCAUUGUGCUCACGUUGCUACACCAAUUGAAGAUUGUCAUUUUUGUCACUUCCAACAUAGGCAAUAUCCUGGAAGACAGGAGUGAGCAUGCUUGAGUAAGCUCUGCCAGUACAACAGAACACCUGAGGUGACUACCUUCUAAGUAGAAAAGGUUAUCUUGGCUCCCACUUUUAGAACUUUUAGUCUGUAGUUGAAAGGACCUGUGUUGAGGGAGCAUAUCAUGGUGGUUAUGCAUGGUGGAGCAAAAUAGCUUAUACUCUAAGCCACAGGUAGGACAUGAAGAACAGGAGCAGAGUGCACAGGUCCCUCUGAGAACAUGUUUCCAGUGAUCUGAAGACCUCACACUGGUCCCCUGUUCAAGAUUCUACCACCUCCUAGACAUGCUGCCAUGGGAAUCCGGCCUGUAACACGUAGGCCUUUGGAAAACAGUAUCCAAACCACAGCAGAGUGUCAGGAAAGGCUUAGUUUGAAGAAUGGGUUUGUGAGCUCAGGCUCUGGUCAGCAGGGUCUGUACAUCACAGUUACUGUUCUCUGAGUGACAAGGGCAUUACAGCUGCCUUUGGAAGGCUUUUUUUUUUUUCUUUUCUCCCUCCAAAUGUGUAAAACAGAAACCCUAGGCACUACAAAUGCAUUUUGUAGCUUGAACCAGGCCCUGAUGGAUCGCUGCUCUGUUUUUAGAUGGUGUAUCCCUUGGGAAACAAAACCAGAAAAUUAUCCUCUUUAUGUGGAAUCAAACAAUCCUAGGAUACAUUUUGCUUUAGUUUCCCACAAAUUGCAGCGAAAGUGAAUAAGAAACUGAAGUAAUCAACUCUAUAUAAACUUGUCAGUAUUCCCUUACAUACGUCUGUAUCUUUUAUAAAUAGAACUGUUAGUGGAAAUGUGCUGUUUCAGCAGGGCCACUACACAAGAGUUACCCCUGUAGAUGCAGUGAAUAGAACCCCAUAGCAGGGUAGCGGGGGCUGUAGAAGUGAGUUCGACGAUCCCAGGGUUCGUGUCUGUAGUAGAAGAGAGCUGCAGUUAGUUUGGGAGGCAGCUAGCUGCCGUAGCCUUACAUCUGUGACUUGCAAAGGACAAAGUCCUAGUGCGCUCGACAUAGAGACACACUGUGUGUUUUGCCAGUUGAGUUAGAACAAAGCUGUCUCAGAGGGGGGUUCAGGAAAGCAGGAAGCAGAUGUCUGUGGCCGGUCAGUUGGUCACCGUGACUCGUGAAACAAGUGUGUUGGCAUGCGUCUUAGAUCAGAACUGCUUUUAAAGAUUGAAUUUGACAUGGGGCUUGCCCAUGAGGAAUAGAAAAAUGACUUUAUCUUUAGGGCAAUCUCCUUGUGGACUGCUUUAUUUAUGAUUAGUAACGCUGUUUUAAGUGUUAUCCCUUUUAUUGUAUUUUAUUUAUAAAAAUGGCUUUAUAUAUUGAGAUAUAUAAAUAUAAAUAUAAAUCUAUAUAA